AUGGAGGUCGAUAAAGAAUUUAUGAAGUGGACUGUCGCUCAGGGAAUCGAGUUCAAUGGCAUCACCACGCAUAAACUUCCUGGUAAGGGUCUCGGUAUUAUAGCUGAGAAGAACCUCGAGGCAGGAGACACAAUAUUAACCGCUCCAAUCUCCGCCUUCCGAACAGCUCAAACAGUUCCCAGGAGCAUCUCCAAAUCCAUCAGCUCCAUCACUGUCAACGGUCUCCUAGCUGCUGAGCUCGCCAUAGAUACAACUGAAGUCUGCGCCCCAUGGCGGGCAGUUCUACCCACCAAGGCUGACUUCGAAGAGUCAAUGCCAUUGAUGUGGCACCCUUCGCUCCAAGCGCUGCCUCCAUCAGCAUCGUUAUCCCUAACUAUUAUUCCGAGGAUUUUUUUGGUGGUCAGUAUUGGUGGUAACUAUAACCCUAAGGGGGGUAGUAAUCUAGGCAAAAAGUUACUAUUUAAUUAUUAUUUUUCUAUAUUUCAAUUCUAGGCUUUUUAAAAAUUUGAAAAUAGAAAUAAAUAGAGAUUUAAUUAAAUUUUUUAUAUAUAAAAUUAGAUUUUUGAUAUUUUUAAUAUUAAUAAUAUCACGG